UCACUGACAACGUUACUAAACGAAACCGGAAAAACUAGGAAGUCCGGAAAAAAAAACUGGAACCAUUUCACUUCAUUAUGAUUCUAGUUGAGUUAUUUUAACCCUCCCUACUGACAUCACACGCGUAUUGACGUUCGUCUGAGAGAAAUCAGAGAAGUUUGUUCAAAGAGGAAAAUGUGAGAGGCGAGUGAUCAAGUGACAGGGGCGACAGAGCAACAGUUCUCCAGCUGUGCAAAGCACUAGCCAGCUCCAUUGAAUCCGCGCGUGCUUGUGUUCUGGAGAACAGUGGUGGGAGACAUCUUUAGGGUGCACAGUGAGUCUGCAGUUUUUCCACAAUGAGACUGGCAGGGCCUUUACGUGUUGUGGUGGUUGUUUUUCUCGUGGGCAUCACAUGGCUCCUAACAAGUUCAGUGUUGGGGAGAGAUGGUGGCUCUAUUUUGCGACAUUUUUUCAGUGGUGGUGGGGAAGAACCCACUCCAGAGCCAAAACCACGCAAGUACAAGUGUGGCUUGUCUGCACCUUGCCCUGAGAAGCAUAUGGCUUUCCGUGUUGUCUCUGGGGCUGCUAAUGUCAUUGGUCCAAAAAUCUGCUUGGAGGAUAAAAUCCUCAUGAGCAGUGUCAGGAACAAUGUUGGACGAGGACUGAAUAUCGCUUUAGUAAAUGGAGUAACAGGAGAGCUCCUAGAAGUCAAAUCUUUCGAUAUGUGGGCUGGGGAUGUCUCAGAAUUGUUGAAGUUUCUCAGGCCACUUCACGAAGGAACACUUGUGUUUGUGGCCUCCUUUGAUGAUCCAUCAACAAAGUUAAAUGAUGAGGCACGCCAUCUCUUUGAGGAGCUGGGCAGUGUGGCAGCGAAGGAGUUGGCUUUCAGAGACAGCUGGGUAUUUGUGGGGGCCAAAGGCAUAGAAAAUAAAAGUCCUUUUGAGCAGCGCAUGAAAAACAGCAAAAGCAGUAAUAAAUACGAGGGCUGGCCUGAGUCCUUGGAGAUGGACGGCUGCAUUCCUAUGCGCGCCCCUCUGGAGAACUAAGCCCCGGACACUGCCAAGAGCAGAGUGGGACAUGCUGGACCACAAGGACACUGCCUGUACGCUGUGCUGCAAAGUAAGCCAGACUUCAGGAAUAAGAUCAGGUGCACGGAGUGCACCACGUUUCACGAUUCAAAGCUGCCGUGGCCUCUAGCUACUUUUAGGCUGAUGAAAAAUAGCUUAAUUUGAACAUGAGGCUUAAGAGUAAGGUGUUGGUCUCUUUUUUGAUGACGCACUUAGAGAAUUAUUACAGAUGUCAGAGAUGCUAGUAUAAUAUUGCUUCUGGAACUACCGUUGUCAGACCAAAAGGGGAUUUCUCUCUUUUGAACCAGCUGGAGAGGGUGUCAUAGUAAUGGGGUUGAUGGCACAAGGAAAUGGAUUUUAAAAUACCUAUGAUCAUGCAAUAAUAUGAGUAAUUGUUAUUUUUUUCUAUGCUAUUGAUCUCAAAGGUAGUUCUUUGUGAUGACUGCCUAAAGAGAGAAGUAAAAGUAAUAUAUUACCAAACAACCUUUACAAAUCCUCAAUGGAUUAUGUACUAAAUGAAUAUUGCAAUCAGUUGCUCCAAUUACAUCAAGAUUGGAUGAAGUAUCUGAUUCCAUUUUCCUUAUUGCUGAAUAAUGUGUGUUAGGCCUUUGUUUAUUUAUGUGUAAUGUGUCUGCUUCCUAAUGUGUCAGUGGUGUCUGCAACUAUUGCUACAUAUUUGGCUCCAGGCAAGUCUGGACACUGGUACUGUCACUCCAGUUUUGUUUUGAGAGACCUGUUUGUUUUCAUUCCCAAUACUUUUGAAUUUGUUUGCCAUAUCAUUAAGAUAAAGUGUGAUGUUUUGUGUCAUGUUUAGUCUUUUGUUGAAAUAUGUCAUUGACUUUUGUAUUUUGUGGAGCUUAGUUUAUCAGGCAAGACUGAAUACAAUAGACUAAUGCUGAUUAUAUUUAACAUAUUUGAUUUAACAUGUCAGCAUUCCAGAUGAAUGUGUGAUUCUGUGUCUGUGUAUAUUUUUACACUGCUUUGACAAUAAAAGCUGGUAAUAUUGA